AACCCACCCUGCACCAUCCUGCGCCGCUGGGAAUCCUCGUCCAAUGCCUCUCUUCUCCCGUUCAUAGGUUGUGUGCCUCUUGACCCUGCAAACCUCCCACCUUGCGACCGACACCGAAGCCAAUACCUCAGGCUCAUUCCCUGCCCUUCUCUCCUGUCGGCUCGACUUUUUUAAUCUCGUGGUGGUUGAUGACACUACUGCCCUUGCCGCUCACCAGACACUUUCUAAGAAACACCCAUAACGCAUUCCGAGUCUUUUUUUCCCACCACGCCCACCACAUCAUUUCGUAUAGCUGCGCCUGCUGAUGCUAUACCUGGACUGCGUCGUCCUCCUCCUCCACCAUAAUCAUCAUCAUCGUUUCCUUUUCAUCCGGCCUGCUGCACGCGACGCUUCCACUCGACCCCGGUGAUGUCGAGUGUAGACUACAAGUAUGAGGAACGUGGGGGGCCUGCAGCUUCGCGCGCAACCUCCGCCGUCCAAUCCCCGAUGGACCACUUCCAUUACCCUACCACUCAACCCUCGUCCAGUCUGGACGACACAGACUCUUCUACCUGGUCUAGUUUAGCAGGUCCAUUGACCGGAAAUACUUCUUCGACCAACCUUUCCCCCGCCAACUUCUCCUCGACAGCAGACUCUCAAUCUACCUUGACCUCCAAACCCACCCAGCCCAACCUGGAUCUCUCUACGUCCGAAGCCCUCGCCCGCAAUGAGGCCUUACUGCGGGAACCUGUCUUCCCCGAGUGGAAGGACGAUGCCGGUCCUGUUGAUUUCGACAGUCCCGAAGACCUACAAAAAAAGGAUCCUCUAGGGACCCAGAUAUGGAAACUGUACCAUCGCACGAAGUCCCGACUUCCCAACCAGGAACGCAUGGAGAAUCUGACCUGGCGGAUGAUGGCGAUGAAUCUUCGCCGACAGCGGGAGCGAGAGCAACAACAGCAACAACAACAGCAGCAGCAGGAGCAGGAGGAGGAACAAGCAGCGUAUGGAAUAUCCAUUCAAUCCGGCAGCGACUCUCGCAUGGCCGGUGCUGACGACCUGGUUUCUAGUGCAAAGAAGACCCAGUUCAAGAGUCCAGCACAGCCCUCGAACGCUCCCAGUGGCAUCGCUCAACAACUUCGCAAGUCUGUCGACCAGUCAGCCGAUCGUGAGCCAUCACCUUCUGAUCCCAUGAACCUGGACGACUUCAUCAUUCCUAGCUCGGUGGCUUCGCCCGCUGGUAUCACGGCACCUUCUCCCUCGGACAAUCAGAACAGACAGUUCCAGACCCCGGGAAUCCCUAUAAGUGCUCGCAACAAGAUGCAUGUGCAGAUACCCAAAGACUUGCCGCCCUCUUCGGCGCCACAGUCCUCCAUUCCCUUUUUCAGAGCGUCCGAAUUCGACUAUGUACAAAAAAGGGUUCGCAAGACUAGCAUCGAUGAGAGGAAAGGAGGACGAAAACGUCCCGCAGAAUUCUCUCCCCAGGUACCUCCUUUGGUCGCGCCAAACCUGCCCAAUAACGCCGAGGGUGAUUCUGGUGUGCCCGACUAUGCCCUUGACCAACCUACGCCUUCUCAAUUCAGUGGCCCAGCGAGCUUCCAGGGCCAAAUGUCGAUGCAUUUGGACUCUUUCCAUCUGAGUGAGGAUCCAAUCCUUACAUCAGCCGGACCGUUCCAACAAAACUUUGCCUUUUCCCCAGGGGCCUCGCCUAUGGUCACAAAUGGGCCCUUUGCAAACGUCUAUAACCAAACCUCCAUGGCCUCUUCGCUAAACUCAGCAGACUUCUAUUCCCCACCUCAAUCUGGUUAUGCCUCCGCCGUCUCCACGCCGCAAGCGGGCCACGACGAUAAUUCGCAUUUCUAUUUCGACCAGAGCCAUUCCCGAUCGCUGCCCUUCUAUGCCGCUCAACGAGCGAAUCCUAUGAUGACUCCUAUGUCCGCUAAUUUCGCCUAUGGGAACAACAAUGAGCAGAUGUAUACUUCCAUGAAUGGUGUCAGCUCGGCACCGUCAAUCAAUGGCUUCACAAUUCAGCAACAUGUAGAUCCCUCCAAUGUUCUUGGUCCUGACUAUGGCCGCCGAGUCUCUCCUGGUGUGUCAAUGGCUGGAAAUGACAACAUGUUCCAAUUUGGAGCAGACUCUGACAACGAAGAUGAUGAUGGUAACUACAACGAUCGUAGUCUUAUGAUGCAGUCCGAUUAUGGCCAGAUCGGCGAUCCAACCCUCGAUCUCAAUUCGGGCUUACAAUGGGAUCCGACGGUCGACUACAACAGCAUGUCUCGCUACAGUGGCAAUGGAAAGCAAGUCCGCAUUGGCGGAGCAGAGAUGGUCAAUUCUCCUCCAGAUUGGAGUGGCUCGAUGCUUAGUCGGACACAUGGUUCAGCAGCGUCCAUCAGCGAUAUCCGAAAUCGAGACCAGGACCCUCGGCGACAAAAAAUUCCCAGGACCACCUCGACUCCUGCGCUGUCCAACCACCAAAUGCAGUCCGCCCAAAGUUCGCCUGCAGAAUCUGGACUCAGCAGUCGCCAGCCCUCGAGGCCCGGAAGCCCUGGUCCGAAGAGUACUGACCAGAAUGGCGUCCCCACCACAUGCACCAACUGUUUCACGCAGACCACGCCCUUGUGGCGACGCAAUCCUGAAGGCCAUCCUCUUUGUAACGCAUGUGGUCUUUUCCUCAAACUUCACGGCGUAGUUAGACCUCUGUCAUUGAAAACCGAUGUCAUCAAGAAACGCAACCGUGGCAGUGGAAAUGCUGUGCCCAUGGGCUCUGCUGCAACCCGAGCAUCGAAAAAGUCGUCUAGAAAAAACUCGGUACAACAGACUCCAGCUACGACUCCGACAGCGGCAAGUGAGCACAACUCAGCAUCACCAGCUUCGGUGCAGGGUUCUACUCACUCGGGGUCUGUUGUGACUACGCCAACGAGUUAUCCAGCGGGGACGACAGGCGGGAAACCCGGUGUGGUUCCCAUUGCAGCUGCGCCGCCCAAGCCCCCUGUUCAGCCGGGCCCUAACAUGGGUCGACCAGUCCAGGUUACGCCGAAACGUCAGCGAAGACAGUCGCGCGCUUCCACUACCAAUUUGCCCAACACAAGCAAUCUGUCGACCACGUCCACGAACACCGGGUCAAGCAACGACGACGAGAUGCAAGAUGUUGGACAGUCCACUCCCAAACCGACCCAAGCACCCGUUACUCGAGCCAAAGCGGCCAGCAUGUCCACAACGGCCGGGGUAACCACCAUGGCAUCUGUGAUGCAGGGCGGAUUGUUGAAUCCGGGUGUGCAAAACAUGCCAGGAGGACCACAUGGAAACAGCCAAGAAUGGGAAUGGCUGACCAUGAGUUUGUGAUCAACGUUUUACGGCACAAGGCCGACGAUCGCAAUUGGAGGGUUCAAGGUUUCACCACGUCGAUUUCGCGCACCCUACCGUUCUUUUCUGUGUUGCACAUAGACCAAGUCGAUUAUUUUUCCUACACCAACACCAGUUAUACGACAUGACGGCCACGCAAUACAGGACUUUCUAUAGUCUUCACACCUCUGGUGAGAAGGCGGGUUGGCUCCGAAAUGCAACAUUACAGGGCCAAAGUCGGUCAAGAGAGGAAUCUUGUCUGAGACUUUUUUGCUGUUGUGCAAAUAUAAUGAUGGGGAAUUUCUGGGUUAUCAAUUUGCUUUUCCGUCGUUUUCAGUGAUAUCACCGCGUCUGUUUUCGAAAGGCCGUGGGAUUCUACGGCUUCGAGCAGAAGUGCGCAUUUUGCUUUUUGUUAUGAGAAGAGAGAUGAGAGAGAAGGGGGUGGUUGUAUUGAGAUUUUGGCCCCGUGUUGGGCCAGACAGCAGAUGGUUGAGAUACCCUGAGACGAAUUGAGAUGAUGGUUUAGCAGGAGGAGGUUUAAUGAAAGCUCUUGGAAUAGAGACGCAGAUGAUGUUUUUGAAAUGGAAAGACAGGUAAAGAACAAUCUAGAGAUACACUGAGUAAUGAAGUGUUAGAAACAAUUUGAUACAUGAAGCAAAUCGAGUUAUUUUGAGAUGAA